AUGGCCUCUUCUUCUUCGUUGUCGUCCACGGCGAUCCAGAUACAUCCACUCACCAACGAGGACGACAAUGAGAUAACAGCUGCCCGCACAGCACCGCCAAUGACUACCAAGGGGCCUGCACCGGCCACGGUCAUGUCGAGCGUCGCGAACCUGGCGCAGCUCCUGCCGACAGGCACGGUGCUCGCCUACCAGGCACUGUCCCCGUCCUUCACCAACCACGGCAAGUGCGAGAGCUCCAACCAGUGGCUCAGUGGGACGCUGGUCGCUGUCCUUGCCUCCGCGUGCCUCUUCUUCUCCUUCACCGAUAGCAUCGUCGGUCGCCGUGAUGGAAAGCUAUAUUAUGGCUUUGCCACGCUGCGCGGCUUCAACGUGUUCAACUUCUCCAGCGAGGAGGAGAGGCAGGAGUGGCACGAUCUUGAUCAGUUCCGGAGGCUCCGCCUCCGGCCGCUGGACUUCAUACACGCCUUCUUCGCGGCUGUGGUUUUCCUCACGGUGGCGUUCAGCGACGUUGGGCUGCAGAACUGCUUCUUCCCGGACGCCAACAGGAACACCGAAGAGCUGCUCAAGAAUCUGCCAAUGGGCAUGGCGUUUCUGUCCAGCUUUGUGUUCAUCAUGUUCCCCACCAAGAGGAAGAGCAUUGAAUUCUCUGACAAUGCUCCUCCCCAGAAGGUCGUCCAUCCCUUAAAUUGAUUUAAGUUUGAUUACCCAUCAUUCAAAGUUUCUACGCAUGUUUAUGAAUCCUUGAGGAAAUUGAUUGAAAAGAAUUUAAUCCUUCAGGAAAUUCUUACUCAAUCGGAUUUGACGACACCACUCCUCACAGGAGUAGAAGGUGCUUGAGUGUAUCUUAAUCGGAGAAAAUCAUGUACUUUGUGAAGUAUACAUGUUCAGUGUUUGCCAUGGUUGCCUUGUAAACAAAGAAAUAUUUUAUGUCAAAAGCAAGUGUAAAAUU